CCAAGUAGAGCGAACCACCCGCGAAAUACCCGCGGGGGUGUCCGUAGGCCACCCCGGCGGGCGAUACCAUCGGCCUCGCACAACCGAGGGGUGUCACGGCCUCGUUCAAGGCAAUCGACCAGUGGCGGCGCAUAGCGGCUGCGGCCAGCACCGUCGCCCGCUCGAGUUAGACGCGUCCGGUGCUUUCCCCCCCGGCGCCCCUCGAGAUGGGCUCGCCCGGAGCUGGUUCUGAGAACUGCGCGUCGCCACUUUCUCAGAAGGCGACGCAUUCGGGGAAGAGAGAGGACCGCCCAGCGCUUCCAGGAACCCAGUAUUCGGACUUCCCCCCCCCCCCAUCCCAGCUCCCUUGCCUUCUCGUUGCCGCUUUCCCGCCCCCUCGGCGGCCACUUGCAAUGGCGUUGCGACGCGGUUGCCCCGGCGACGGAGGAGAAGUCGGUUUCUGCGGCGACAGAGGAGGCUUCCUCGGCGACGGCGGGGACCCGAGCGGUUUUCGCAGCGACGUCAGCGGCGUCGUCAGCGGCGGCGUCGGCGUCGUCAGCGGCGGUGCGGGGCCAGAGAGCGUGCGGGAGUUCACGCAGCACGCGCGCGACGUGCUGCGCAACCUGCGGGAGCUGCGCGCGCGCUGCGCCCUCACCGACGUCACGCUGCGCGCCGGCGGGCGAGACUUCCCCGCUCACAGCGCCGUGCUCGCCGCGUGCAGCGGGUUCUUCUACAGCGUGCUCGCGGAGUCACGCGGCCCUGCCGGCUGCGGCGGCGGCGGCGGCGUGAGGGUGUUGCCCUUGCCCGGCGUGGACCCGUGCGGCCUCGAGGUGCUGCUGGACUUCAUGUACACGUCGCGCCUGCCGCUCUCCCUCGACUCCGUGCUCGGCGUCAUGGCCGCCGCGCGCUACCUGCACAUGGAGCACGUGGUGCGCACCUGCGAGGCCUUCCUCGACAGUCCCCAAGCUCUGCCGGAACGUCUCCGCAAUCUGGACCCCAACUUCCACGGCUCGUUCCCCCCGACGCUGCUGUGCGGCAUAAACCCGGGGCUCCCCCUGGGGGGCCCCCUCGCUCCCCCGCCGCUGUUCCUCCGGGGCCCCCCGUCCCCACCGCCCCAGCCGCAGCAGCCGCAGCAGCCGCAGCAGCCGCAGCAGCAGCAGCAGCAACAGCCGCAGCAGCAGCACCACCCCCUGGGCCCGCCCCCUCGCUUCACUUUCCCGGACCCCCCUCCUCCCGCCGCGCCCCGCCGCUGGGCCUCCGCCCCGGCCCCUGCCGCCGCCGCAGACCCCGCGAGCCCCUCCGGGGGAGGCCCCGCGGCCGAGGCGCCCUCGGAGGGGGCGGGGCCCCCCGGCGCCCCCUCGGCCCGCCGGGAGUCGGAGCCGAGCAGCCCUCCUGACAGCCACCGGGAGGUGGCCCCCCCCGGCAGCGGCCAGGUCAAGUCCUGCAACUGGAAGAAGCGACGGUUCCUCGUGCAGACGACGUCCAGCUCGUCCACCUCGUCCUCCCCGCCGUCCUCCCCCUCCUCCUCCUCCUCGUCGCCCACUUCGGACAGCGGUGCGGGCGGCGGGGACGCCUGCCCCCCCACCCCCCCCGCGACCGUUGCCGCAGUGGCGGUGGCGCCCUCCACUCCGCCCACCCGGCUCUCGCCGGCGCCGGAGGCCAAGGUGAUGACCACGCUGUCUCCCGUGACGCCGCGCGGGAGGGACGGGAGGGACGGGAGGGACGACGGGGCCCCCCCGGCUCUGUUCCCCUGGGACUUGGGCUCCAUCGUCGCCAGCGCCGCGGCCCAGCCACCGCCUCGCCCCUCCUCCUCUGCCCCCGCCUCCUCCUCUUCGCCGACGCCGCCACGCGCCACCUGCGUGGCCGCGUUCGACAUGAUGAAGCUGGAGGGGGGGUCGGAGGCCAGGGGGCCGGCGGGCGAGUGGGGGCCACCGCCGCCGCCGUCGUCGGCGGCGCUCACGCACUUCAAACAGCUGGUGGACAGGCUCAAGGAGGAAUCGGGGGGCUUCAAGCGGCCCGAACUCGGCCUCCCCGUGGCCCACGGCGCCGACAGCCCCCCGCCACGCGGUGACGGCCACGCCGCCUCUCCCGGCAUCGCUGGCUCACCGGGACUGGCCGGGUCGCCCGGCCUGAUGAGCUCGCCAAGCCACGACGGACCGCACGACCCCACGUGCGUGCGCGCGUGCGGCGCGUGCGGCCUGGGCUUUCCCGAAGAGGGCGCCCUGCGGCGCCACAUCGCUCGCAUCCACGCCGACGACAAGCCCUACAAGUGCGACACCUGCCACGCCGCCUUCCGCUACAAGGGCAACCUCUCCAGCCACCGCACCGUGCACUCCGCAGGAGAGAAGCCCUACCGCUGCACGGUGUGCGGGGCGCAGUUCAACCGGCCGGCCAACCUCAAGACGCACACGCGCAUCCACUCGGGGGAGAAGCCCUACAAGUGUGACACCUGCGGGGCCUGCUUCGUCCAGGUUGCUCACCUGCGGGCCCACGUGCUCAUCCACACGGGGGAGAAGCCGUACCCGUGCGAGACGUGCGGGACGCGCUUCCGCCACCUGCAGACGCUCAAGAGUCACAUCCGCAUCCACACGGGAGAGAAGCCCUAUCACUGCGAGUCGUGCGACCUGCACUUCCGCCACAAGAGCCAGCUGCGCCUGCACCUGCGCCAGAAGCACGGUGCCAUCACAAACACCAAGGUCAAGUACCAGGUGCUGGACGCGCCCGAGGGCGGCGCGGGGCUCGCCGGCGAGGGGCUCGCCGGCGAGGGGCCCGCCGGCGCCGGCAUCGGCGCCACGGGCGGAGGGGGGGCGCCCCUGGCCGACGACGGGGGCGACGCGGGCCGCCCCGUGCCGGCGGCUCGCGGCCCCGAAGCGGGGCCCGCGGCGGGGGCCCCCCGCCAGAGCCCUGACACGGAGCCCCCGGCGGCACCCCUCGGGUUCCCGCGCAAGCGCAGCUCCAGCGGCGGCGGCGCCACCUCGUCGGACGACGACGAUUCCGGACUCUCGAUGAACGGGGACCCGGAGUCGCCCGUGGCCGGAGCCGGGAGGGCGCCGUGCGGCCUGCGCUGGGUUUAGCCGGGCCUACGCCGGGCCUACGCCGAGCCUACGCCGAGCCGCGCCUGGACGGGUUCGGCCCUCUUUCGCCCAGCCGGCUCGCCCAUCGGCCUUCGUCCGACGAGGACUUGGCGAGGCUUCGCUCACGGAUUCUUGCUGCUCCCCUCCCCUCUCCCUCCCGACCCCGAGCCCCCCCCCCCUACCACCGUUGGUACGAGUUGGACUCCCGGUGAAGGACACGUUUCAGUGUUGGGGGAGCCGGUGGCAGUGGAGCCGACGUUGGUGGUGGGGCUGGGAGGGGGGGGGCUACGUGCACCUUAAGAGCCCGCGGUGGGGUCCGGGUUCGGCUCCGGGCCCAGCCCUCCCGUGGUGGUGGUCGUUAUCUCGGUUUGUGUUUUUGGUCUUCGUGGAAUUAUCGGGAGACGGCCGCGGCGCGGCGCCGACCCUGCAGGAGAUGCCGCGCCUCUCCAGUUCCGACGACGUUCGACGACGACGUCGCCGCCGGCCGUCUCGAUACAGACGACGACGCCGCAACAUCAGCAGAGUCUACGCCGACCGACCGCGACGCUCGCGGCGUUGAACGUCAACAACGGCGGUAACGGCAGCGUCAAGAGCUGCGUCGACCUUGGGUCGAAUUAUUCGCCUGAACUUUGGUGUCAUCAGCAGUAGCAGCCGCCGCAGCAACACGAUGCAAUGAUCGGUGACAAAUCGGUCCUCAUCACGGCAAACCCUGCCGAUGCUCCGUGUGGUGGUGGUUCCAGUCGCAUUGCCGACCGGAUACGAGAACACACGGGUACACGCGCAGGUGUUCACACACGCAUACAGGCACACGCAGCAUUACGCACACACACGUAGACCGAGAUACACAGGAACACACACAAGUUGGUGCAGACAUACACAGGUACACACGGAAACACAAACGUCCGCGUAAAAGUGCCAAUGCCGCUGGCACGUGGUUGGAUGCCGUUGGCCCGGUGUUGGGGCCGACAUUCCACACUUGCUUGGGGGGUAGGCCAAGUUACGCAGGCACAGCGCGCGGGAACACGCGUGUUGGCCGGGACACAUCACAUGCACAGGUGUACGCUCUCAGAUGUGCACCCAAAGACGUGCGGAGUCAAAAGCGCAGACAGAUGCACGGCUACACACAGGUGGGCAGACAAGAUCACGCACAGGUAGGCACGGGUACAGACACUCGCACGCCGCCCGCACGUGCAGGUGGACGCGGGCAGUGGACAGGUGGGAACGGGUGGAGACCACCUGUCCACCGCCAGCGUCGUCCUGCCUGUGUAGCUACGCAGUAGCAGCGUUCAAAGUUUCUGCUUUUGAGCGGCAGCAGUCAAAUCCGCACGGGGAUCCAGAUUCUCACCCUAACUCAUCCCGACUCUACACACAGCCUCGACUUUACCCCUGGCUCUAGACUCUACCCAUGACUGUACCCCUGGCUUUCGACUCUACACAUUGCCUCAACUCUACCCCUGGCUCUAUACUCUACCCAUGACUCUUCCCCUGGCUUUCGACUCUACACAUUGCCUCAACUCUACCCCUCGCUCUCAACUCUACACACAGCCUCGACUCUACCCCUGGUUCUAGACUCUGCUCAUGACUCUACUGAUGACGCUAGACACUAACCCUGAGCCUAGACAAGGUCCGUAAGAGAAGGCCGAUCUGUAUUAACACCUUUGAUACCAGCCUCUCAGCAUUUCCCUUUUCUGCUUUUACCAAAAUUCCUAAUCUCUCCCAGUAAUUAAGCCAACAACAAAACUAAUUCAAAUGGUAAUCAUUGUUAUUUCAUAAUAAUUCCGACAACAAAGAGACGGCUUAAAAGCUACAAGAACCACAGACGCGACAAUUAAUCGAAGCAGCAUAAACAUGUAAAAUGGCGGCCGUGUCGCGUGGCCCCUGCGUUGCCUAGCAACAAGGGGCGGCUAUUGUAUUUAAGUGAGGUAAAUGUUAUAAAUGUUGUCGUUAUAAGAUACCUUAUUCUAUUACACAGAUA